UACAUUUCUCCACUGUUGUGGAACCCUUGUAUUGUGACAUCGUUUUCAUGUUGGUUUUGACAUAUUCAGUUAGUAGUUAAACCCUCGUACUGUCCUUGCGUUGAUUUCGAGUGAACCCCAGAAAGUGUCUUGUGUUUACCUUUAUAACUGCGGUUGGUUUGACGGGGAUGGCAGACGACGCUGUGUUCGAGUUUCUCCAUAUGGAGAUUGUGGCACACAUUUACAGGGAUCAGCAAUCCAUGAAAGGAGAGGCGGACAACAAGGAGAGGUCCUCCCGUGUUUCCAUUUUGGAGGGGAUGGGCUACAGAGUCGGACAAGGGCUCAUCGAGAGGUUGACAAGGGACUCCCCCUGCUUCAAAGAUGAGUUGGAUAUAAUGAAAUUUAUUUGUAAAGACUUCUGGACAAAAGUAUUCAGGAGGCAGGUGGACAAUCUCAGAACUAACCAUCAGGGCACCUAUGUAUUGCAGGACAACAAAUUUAAUUUGCUGACACAGCUGUCUAAUGGUAAACAGUAUUUGGAUCAAGCACCUAAGUACCUUGCCUUUUCAUGUGGUGUGGUGAGAGGAGCUCUGUCAAAUCUAGGUCUUGAAAGUGUGGUUACAGCUGAGGUCUCUGUCAUGCCAUCAUGUAAGUUUCAAGUGGUGAUCCAGAAAUUAUGACAAGGUCCCACCUUGCUGCUUAGUUCAAACACCCUUGUCCUUAAUGUCAGGUUCUGAUGUUACCAAAAAAUAAAUUACCUUCCAUUCUCUUCCUUUCAUUACUGCAACAACAGAAAGAAUCAGACAGAGUAAUGCCCAUAGUUGUGGGGCUUGCUACCUAUACUGUACUUGUUGAAAUUGGAUACAGAUGCAGCGUCUCUUCUUGCUGAGUUCUGAGCAAGUCAGCAAAAUGCUUUUUUCAUCUAUUGUAUGGACGGAAGUGAAACCAAGCCCCGAUUGGUCAUUCUGCUUGAUAGUGUGUUGUCUUUUUGCAUUCAGUAAAUUCAGUCCUUGAUCUCGAUGCCCUCGCAAACUGUGUUCACAUGUAUCUGUUUUACAGAAAUAUCAAUAGAGCUUAACAAAUUCAUUAGAGCAUCCCACAUUGUAGGUUUAAUUCCACUGCUGCCCUAAUGUAACAGCAGUUGUCAUUAAAAAAAAAAGGCUUGUUUUUUUGUCUCUUUAACAGAAAUAUUUCUCUUUAUAAUUGUUAUCCAUUAAUUUGCAAAUGUACCAUUUUACAAGAAAUAUGAAAACAAUAGUAAGUCAUGUUAUUUGUUGAUUAAUUGCAAUUAUUUACUUGCAUUCUUGAACAGGAAAAAAAAAAACGUUUUCAUGGUUGAAUGUUACACUUGAUUAAUUUUUGGCUUGUAAGACAGUGAGUGGCUCUAACUUGUGUAUAAAAAGUAAAAUGGUGAAAUGUCUACAGCUCAUUGAAAUGGAAAGAAUCCACAUUGUAAUGCUGGAUGGUAUCAUCCUCAUUUCUAACAGGUGGUCUAAUAAACUUGUAGAUGUGUGACAAAUGUAAGAAGAGAUCAACAUAAAGUGUCCUAGUCGUAUGUUUGCCCACUAUAUUUUAAUGUAACCUAGCCAAAAGAGAUAAUGGUUAAACAUUUCAUAUAUAUGUGCUCAUUUGAGAACAGUAAAUGAUCUAGAAUCUAGAUAAAAUGACUACAAACACUGAAUGCAAUUUGUAAUAUUGACUGAAUCUCUUGUAUUUUUUAAAAUAAAAGACAAACAUUUUAGUAAGGCAAAAUUUUGAGUCUGGUCCACACCUCUUGUGGAUGCUGUAGCAUGAGCCACUAGAGGGACACACAGCGCUGUUGUUCUGUUGUAAGCGCUUACACUGCAAUGGCCGUCUAGAAACUCGAUCCAGCUCGGAUCUGCUUUUCUCACACAAAUCUCUACCUUGAUUUUUACUCUUCAAUCAUUUUGUCUGUUCUCAAACAUUUGGAUAAUGGCAAAAUAAUUUGUGACUAUAAUCAUUCAUAGUUUAAUUGUAAUUUCAAUUGUAUCCAGGCACAAAAGCCAUAAUGUUUAUGUACUCUUAGCCUGUCCUUUGAGCACUUUCAAAAACUCAUACAACAGAGUGUUUAUAUUACUUGUACACUGAAAGCAACUUGCUUCCAUGAGCCUUUUACAAAUCCAAAUCAUUUUACAUUAUGUUACAAUGUCUACAACCAUUACUUCAUUUUUCCUUCGUACCAUAAAUGUUGAAUUACUAUUUCUGCUCCUGACAUCUAUGUGAAUGGACUGCAUAUCCUAAAUCUUAAAUUCUGUAACAGUGUAGUCAAUCCAGACAACUGAAAUCCCCCACUUUAUUAAAAAGGCAAUUGUUGUAGUUAGAUUUCAGAGAAAAAUGAAUAGUAUCUCCAACUGUUUAAUUAUUUGCAAUAUUAAACGUCGUAGAUGACAGCAGUGGAAGUGUUGGAUUCUCACUUUGGUUGCUAAUUACCUGUUUUCAUUCUGCUUGUAAUUGUGCAAAAACAGGGUUAAAGCCUUUGAAACAAGAUUAUCCAGUGAGCUGAAUAAUCAUAAAGUUAAGUCACUCUUUGUCAUAUGAACAAUGCAACAGCAAUCCACACAUGAAGUAAACUGUAUUUGAUUGAAACACAUCAGAAUAUGCAUGUGCUGCGACCCACUGAAAAGUUGAAAACACAAAUCCUAUGAAAAUAAAACAAGUCUGCAGGCAGGAUUAGAGAGGGAGCCAGCGAGGAGGAGGCAGGGGCUGGAGUUGCAGAAAUCGGGUGGAGGAAGGGAGUGAAGGGAAACUGGGAUGGAGAGAAUUAGAAGCCUCUCCAGGAGGCUUGAUGGAAAUGAAAUGUAAAAAAGGAGGAGUUUAUGAGAGAUGGGAGGAGUUGGGGGUAGGGAGUAAGCAUGACAAGAAGAGACCAAGGAUGGUGUGAAUUAAGAGGGGAGGCUGAAAACAGGAAAAGUAGAAUGUAUCUGCUCCCCAUUUUUUUCUUAGCUUUAUUGGCUAACACGAUCAGUACCUCUAUUGAGUCAAAUGCCCUGGAAGUUAUACACUUUGGAAUCCUACCAAAAUUUGUAGAAAAAUAUGCUUCUCAAGUCAAAGAAAAUCAGCAGCCAACUUGUCAUUGUGCUUGACAUCGCUCCCGAGUCCAUACCUCAGGAAAGGCUGCAAGACUUUAGUUCAGUGAACAUCAUCGAAAAGAUUCGUUCCAUUCAUGUGUUUCCCGCUUUCAGUCUUUUUCUUUUUCUUAUUGUGACGAGUAACAGUGAUGGCAAACACAAAAAAAUGUGACGUGACCAUUGAACUAUAAAACUUAUUGCAAUACUGUAUAGGAAAGUAGUACAGUAUAUGCAUCUCUAGUUGUCCUGGCUGCUCAGUAGAAUAUGACUCAAGCAACCAUAAUAUUUUCAAAGCAUAAAAUGAACAGAUGUUUCAUUUUUAAUGUGAAGAGACUCAUAUCUCAGGUGCACGUAGCCUGUUUGUCAUUGUGUCAAAUUGAUGGUGAAUCUUUGUUUUGA